AUGACCAAUUUUCCCUGUAACAUCUGCAAAAAAAAUGUUAAUAAUAACCACCGAGCAAUUCAAUGCGAUAUUUGUAACCACUGGAUUCAUAUAAAAUGUAACAACUUAGAUAAUACCAGUUAUAAUUUACUAAAACAGUCCACAACACCAUGGUUUUGUAUUGAUUGCACAGCUAAAACACUACCUUUUCAAAAUCUAAAUAAUGAUCAAUUUUUUCUCAAUUCAAAAAACAUAAAUUUUAAAUGUAACACAUCUUCUCAACUUAAUAUAACACCUUCAGAAAAUAUCGAGGCUCUUCUAAAAGAAUUUAACAAUUUGUCAUCCAACAUGAAUAAAGCUAAUGAUGAUGAUAAUCCAACCAUUAAAUGUCAAUAUUAUGAUAUCAAUGACUUCUGUUCGUCAAAAUUUAAAUCUGAAAAUUUCUUCUCUAUUUUCCAUCUGAAUAUAGCUUCUUUAUCUAGACAUAAACACGAUCUUGAGACCUUAUUAAAUAUCUUAAAUUUUGAUUUUAGCAUUUUAGCUAUUACUGAAACAAAAAUUAUGAAAAAUUUGAAUCCAAACUACGAUAUUAAUCUAGAAGGCUAUCAACUAUUCCACACUCCCACUGAAUCCAGUGCAGGAGGGACAUUAUUAUAUGUACGCAAUCACUUUAAUUGUAAGAUUCGAGAUGAUCUGAAUAUAUACAAAUCUAAAGAAUUAGAAUCUAUAUUUAUUGAAAUAAUUAGUCCUCGUAAAAAAAAUACAAUUGUAGGCUGUGUGUACAAACAUCCGGGAAUGUCAAUUGAUGAUUUUAACUCUAACUAUUUUCAACCAAUAAUUAACAAAACUAUGAAUGAAGACAAAAGUGUUUUUAUAUCCGGUGAUUUUAAUAUAAAUUUACUCAACAUCAGUAAAGACGAUCAAAGUUCAGAUUUCAUUAAUAAUUUGUUUUCAAAUCUCUGUAUACCACAUAUUACACUACCAACAAGAAUAACACCAAGAUCUAAAACGCUAAUUGAUAACAUAUUUUCGAACUGUCUUGAAUUUUCCAAUUGUAUCUCAGGAAACCUAACUUCAUCCAUAUCUGAUCAUUUACCUCAAUUUUUAUUGGUUCCAAAUUUGAACAUAAAAUCCAAUUCUAAAAAACAAAAUAUUUAUAAAAGAAACUAUUCAAAAUUCAACGAAGAAGCAUUUCUACUUGACCUAACUAAAAUUAAUUGGGAUAAUGAAAUUUCUCUGAGUAAAAAUGAUCCUAAUUAUUCAUUUGAUAAAUUUAAUCAUGCAAUAAACCAAUUAUUAGAUAAGCAUAUACCUUUAAAGAAGAUGUCAAAAAAACAAUACAAGCAACAAUCUAAACCAUGGAUUACAAAAGGAAUAUACUAUCACAAUUGUAUUUAUGAUCUACAAUUUGGUUUUCGACAAAAUCAUUCCACUAAUAAUGCACUCUUCAGUAUUACAGAGAAAAUAAGAGAAACUUUAGAUUUCAACAACUUUGCAUGGAUCACUCUGGACAAACAUUUAAAAUGGCAUAUACACAUAGAUAAUCUUAAAGUAAAACUAUCCAGAUCCAUUGGGAUAUUAUCUAAAAUAAGACACUAUGUUUCCUAUAAUAUUUUAACUAAUAUAUAUCAUGCUAUCUUCUCAUCACAUCUAACUUAUGGAUGUCAAAUAUGGGGACAUAACAAAAGCACCUACCUGAAUAGAAUUAUCUCCCUUCAAAAUAAAGCAAUUAAAAUUAUGAACUUCAAACCUGCAAACAGCCCUACUUUUCUAUUAUUUAAUAAAUCCAAAAUACUUACUUUUCCUGACACAAUUAAGCUGAAAGACUUUUUAUUUGCGUAUGAUCAUUAUCAUAAAAAUUUGCCUAAACCUCUGCAAGGCAUUUUCACUCUGGUUACAAAUACUCAUACCCAUAAUACUAGAAAUGCAUCAAACAAUAACCUAAUACUUCCAAAUGUUAGUACCACUUGGUAUGGAAUUUAUAGUAUAAAAUAUCAAUCAAUCCGUUGCUGGAAUACAAUUAAUAACCAACACAGUGAUAAAAAGCUGUCAUCACUAUCCAAAAACCAGUGCAAAAAAAUAAUUACAAAUCAAUUGUUAACUUUAGAGUUUCCAGAAAAAUACAAUGGAUACUCCGUGCACUUGAAAUUAUGCCAAUCUUCUAAACUAGGCAUAAACACUGGUUAUUUGUUUGACUAA